AUGUCUACUCGAGCCGACUCCGCGGCCACGCGACCGCGACCGCGAUCUCGCCAGUCCAUCGCUCAUGUUCCGCGGUCUAAGAUGACGUCUCUGGACAAAGAGAAUGCGACGGCCGAGUUUGGCGCAGCGCAGCCAUUUGCAGGCAGUACACGGUCCGCACCAAAGGAUAAGAAGUCCCGAAGCAAGAGUUUGGGACCCGGUGGACUUGAUGCCUUGAAGAAUUCCAACGGCAAUCGUCGACAGUCCACGGCUUCUAUCCCCCUCAAAUCAAUUCUCAAGCCUACAGUACCUGUCUCACCAGUUCGGAACAUCCCAUCAUUCGAGGAGACACGUCGGCGCACCCCAGCCCGCAAUCAGCAACCAAGUCAGGAUGGCGCAAUGGACGGCGACCGCCAGGGGAAAGAAGGACUGUUGAUCGACUUUGAAACAACACCAGGCCCUCUGGCAGCGGAUAACGACGACACAUCAAACCCAUUUGACACAUUCAAUGCGACCUCUGCUAUCCGUGAAGAGAUGGCCGCCACCAAGGAACGCGACGAGAAAGAGCGCAAAGAUCGUGAACGACAGAAUAUUUUGGAAAAGCGGGAAGCACGGCGUAAAUCGAUGGCAAACCGGCGAGUAUCGUUUGCUCCUGAAGCGACCUUGCAUACCUGGAAUGUGGUGGAAAUCCCCGACGACUCAACUUCAUCCUCUGCUGCGAACUCAACCAGACGUGCCUCUGCCGCCACUAACACCCUGAACCAACCUGCACCCUCUCCCGCCCGAGACUCUCCGUCUUCACCAGAGUCUGAAUUUGGAUUCUCCCCUCUUCGCACAGAGGACCUAGACCAAAUCAGAGGUGGCAAAUUAUCUAACGCAAACCACGAUCUCUCUUCUAGUCCUUUCAGUGGAAGCUCAGUCGGGAGCGACGAUACUGGAGCACAAAGUAUGGCAGGUGAAGAUGAGGACGAUGGCGAGUCAUUAGGAUCAGAUGAUGGAUUCGAUGGCGAGAGCACUGCAAUGAGCAUGGAUGAUAUGACAGCUCGCUCGGGUAUGACCGCCCAGUCAGAUGCAACUUCCAGCUCCAGCUCCAGUGCCAGACUCAACGAAGCACUGCGCCAAGCAGCCAAAGAAGCAGGGACCGAGGCAGUUGACGAGACCGGAGAAGUGUCCAUGGAAAUUGUGGAUCAAGAGAUCACAGGUGCUUUCCAACCCUGGAUUAAAAAGGGCCAGAGACAAAGUUUCGACUGGGAAGAUAUCAGCGCACGACACGAUCAAGAAAACAUGGAUCCAUCGAAGACCGCUGCCAGCAGAACCUCACCCGAAUCCGAUGAUCAUAUCGACGAAGAUGAGGAAAUGAGCAUGGACGUGACGAACGCAUUGGGACGCAUCCUUGGAAAACCCCUUGCCCGUCGCCAAAACACUCGUCGCAAGUCUACGGCAGAGGAGUCCAACUAUGAUGAUCAAACAAUGGAAAUGACCAAUGUCGUUGGGGGCAUCAUGCCGGAGGAUAUGUCUUCGAGGAUCUCUGAGGUUGAUGACGAUGAAGGAAUGACCAUGGAGCUCACCUCGGGAGUUGGAAAAAUCCUCGGAAACGAGCCUUCAUUGACUCCCAAGUCUGAUCGUAUGAACGAUGACCAAGACAACGAAUCGGAGGAUGACAUGGACAUGGAAAUGACUGGUGCCAUUGGUGGCAUCCUGCAAUCAGGACAGCAAGCCAACGAUAAAGUCUAUGCAAAGCUCAUGAUGGAGCUUGAGACCGACUCCGGACAGUUGAACAGUUCUCCUUUCCAGGAAAGUGUUCGCCAAUCUCCUACCAAGUCUCCAGCCAAAUCACCUCUCCGCUAUCAAGUUGCGGCCGUUGCAUCUGAGAGUGGAAGCCCUAGUCUGGCAAGUGUUAGGGCUAGACCUUCACGACGCAGUUCUGCUGCAUCUACUACCCCACGGUCUGCCACUCAUCAAACAUCCCCUGCCAAUAAACCCUCAACUCCCCCUAAACAAUCCACCCCCCAGACCAAGCCUAGCACCCCAAGCAAGACCCCUCCAUCCAGCGCCGUGACAUUUAGAAGUGCCUCGCCGAAGAAGCUUUUCCAGCCUGAGCUUCAGCGAUCCGCAGAUAAGCGCAAGUCUUUGCGCCAAAGCCUCUUUGAACAUAAUGCGGCGACAGGAGAGUCAACCCCACUCUUCAAAUUGCAGCCCCGCGAGGCUCGCCGUUCCUCCGGACUCGGAAUUGACAAAGAAGGUCUUGGAUCACCGCGCGUCGCCGCCAUACUCGACAAGCGCCAGUCAUUGGGAGACAGUACACCUCAAUUCGUUCCACAAGAGCAGGCCCGAUCUGGAGUUCGCUUCGAGGAUCCACUGCAAAUGCAAGCAGAGGAAGAACGUGAUCGAGAGGAGGAGGAGCUUAGAGAAGACGGCCAUCUCCCGAUGCCUCCUUCCGAGGGUCGAGAUGUGACCUCAAGCCUGAAGGACAUGAUCGAAAGCCUGACUCCAAAGAAGGUAAAGAUUGGCAGCCGUAAGAGUCUUCACGUGGGCGCUGCCCGCGGAAUCUUAGGCAAACGUCCUGCCGAGCUGGACUUGGAUGAAGAUGAAGAUGAGAACUCACCCAAGCGACUGCGCGGCCACAAUGUCAGUCCAGUCAAAGGCAUCAAGUUGCCAGCACCAUCAGCUAGGGAGGGCAGUGUUCAGCAAUCACCCGUUCGCAGAGCCGUUAGCUCAUCUCCUUUGAAGGACAGCACUACGCCUUCCCAGGAACCACGCAGCGUCUCCAAGACAUCGACUACUCCUCUUAAGCAAGGAAUUGAUAACCUCCAUAUUGAUUCUGACGCUCAGCAGCCUGAAGAAGAGGAUGUUCCUGUUGAGGAGCCUGAAACGGAGCCUAUCCAGCUUCAAGAUUUCUUGAACAUGACUAACAUCCACUUCAUGGAGCUUACUACGACAAAGAGACGGCACACGACUGCACCUAGCAGUGCUACGAAGAAGCUGACCCGGGCAUCUGGAGACAACCUGCCCAGACCACGCUCAGUAACAUUUGAUGAUUGUGUGGCAGCUGGGUUCUGUACAGUGCCUAUGCUUGAACUGUACCAGCACUCAUGUCGAGAAUUGAAGUCUUAUAUCUCCGAAGGUCGACAAGUAAUUCGCUCCAUUGAGGCUGAGACAUAUGCGGAAAACCCAGCUCUCUUCCGGGAGUAUGUGACUGCCCCUCCAGACAUCCGUGUGAUAAUGGAUAAUCAAUUCCGAAAUGUCAAGACCCAUGCUCGUCUUCUAAGCAAGGCUACGUGGUACGAAUGGCGAAUGAAGCUGCUCGAGGGUCUGAAAGAGGGCCUCAAUCGACACGUUGAGGAAAUGAAAGCAGACGAUGACAUGUUAACCCAACGAGAGGAGCUGCUCAACAGCAAUGUGCCGCCUUUGCUAGAGAAGCAUGCUGCCCUCGAAAAGGAGGCGACCAACUUGCAAGAGUUGGUAGAUGAAGUGGAGAAUUGUGACCAAGACGAGCUCCGCAGCACGCGCAGCAAGCUGUCCGAGGUGGACAUUGAAAUUGCAGCCAAGAAGCGCCAACUUGAGGAGCUGCAAGCUGAGGUCCAGGAGAAGACCACUAUCAUUGAAGCUGGAUCUGAAUUACGAGAUGAGUUCCUGGCUCAGAUUCAGGAGGCAGAGCGCGUGAAAGAGGAGUGCCGUGGCUGGAGUGCCCGGGAGAUAAAUGAACUUAAGGCUUCCGUUCAAAGGAUUGAACGUCAAACCGGCUGGUCAAUCGUCUCCGUAACCACCCCAUCGGAAGAGCAGACAGGCCCAGUAUUGAAAAUGGCCUACCGUGAGCAGCUCCAACUCGAGUUCUCUCCUGGAGCAUUCAUCUCCAAGCCAAACACCCAAGAUGAGAAGAAGAACCUCCCACUGGAACUGACCCCUCAAAAGAGCGCAAAAAUUUCCCCUAUCGCGUCUUUGGUUCUCCAGUCGCUUCAACGCCAUCUAUCCACCAUCCAACAAUCAAUCAUCACCCCCAAGCAACUUUUAUUCUUCAUCUCAAGCGCAUGGGACCGCACAGUGGGACUAGAGAACGAAGCACGCAUGCUCGAAUUCUGCGGCGUAACCCGCCUAACACUCUCCAAGCCAACCGAUGGCUCCCUCUCCUUGCGUGCACGCUGCACACUCCUAGGCAAUGGAACCGCCUCCACUCCCGGCCGCACGAGUGCCAUCCCAAAGAACAACAGCACCAAGAGAAUCGACGUGGACUUCACCGUCCGUACCCGUGUUGACCAGCCCGAUGCUAGUAUUGGCUCUAUGAACUUUGACAUUGACGUCCUAGCGACUAAAGUCUACGGGUUUGGAACGGGCAACAAGUCUGGUCUACCAGACAAGGAACUCCAAAACAUUCUCGGGAAGGGCCUCGGUCAGAAGGAUAGUGAUAUACAACUUGGCAAUGGCGUGUGGUGCAAGGCUGUCCGUAACCUGACGGGAUCUGUUUUCUGA